AUGAUGGAGAAAAAGUAUAUCUUCUGUUUUUUGUUUCUCUCGCCUAUUUUGAUGAUUCUUGUCGUAGCAGAAUCAGAAGAGAUUCCAGUGAACGAAGACCUUAUAAUUCAUUUAGGUGUUACUAGAAAUAAGAUCAUGACAGCUCAAUAUGAAUGUUACCAAAAAAUUAUGCAAGACCCCAUUCAACAAACUGAAGGACUUUAUUGCAAUAGAACCUGGGAUGGAUGGAGGUGCUGGAAUGAUGUAGCAGCAGGAACUAUAUCUAUGCAGCAUUGUCCUGAUUACUUUCAAGACUUUGACCCUUCAGCAAAGGUUACAAAGAUUUGUAACUCUGAUGGAAACUGGUUUAGACAUCCAGAAAGCAACAGAACAUGGACAAAUUAUACCCAGUGUACUCUGAACACACAGGAGAAAGUGAAGACUGCAAUGAAUUUAUUUUACCUGACUAUAAUUGGACAUGGAUUAUCUAUUGCAUCACUACUUAUCUCACUUGGCAUAUUCUUUUAUUUCAAGAGCCUAAAUUGCCAAAGGAUUACCUUGCACAAAAACCUAUUCUUCUCUUUUGUUUGUAACUCUAUUGUUACAAUCAUCCAUUUCAUGGCCGUAGCCAACAACCAGGCCUUAGUGGCUAGAAAUCCUGUGAGUUGCAAAGUGUCCCAGUUCAUUCAUCUUUACCUGAUAGGCUGUAAUUACUUUUGGAUGCUUUGUGAAGGCAUUCACCUCCACACACUCAUUGUGGUGGCUGUGUUUGCAGAGAAGCAGCACCUGAUGUGGUAUUAUUUUCUUGGCUGGGGAUUUCCACUAGUUCCUGCUUGUAUUCAUGCUGUUGCUAGAAGUAUAUAUUACAAUGACAACUGCUGGAUCAGUUCUGACACCCAUCUUCUUUACAUUGUCCAUGGCCCAAUUUGUGCUGCCUUACUGGUUAAUCUCUUUUUCCUAUUAAAUAUUGUACGUGUUCUCAUCACCAAGUUAAAAGUUACUCACCAAGCAGAAUCUCAUCUCUACAUGAAAGCCGUGAGAGCUACACUCAUCCUGGUGCCACUUCUUGGCAUUGAAUUUGUGCUGCUGCCAUGGCGGCCUGAGGGAAGAACUGCUGAAGAAGUAUACGACUACAUCAUGCACAUCCUUAUGCACUAUCAGGGUCUUUUGGUUUCUACAAUUUUCUGCUUCUUUAAUGGAGAGGUUCAAGCACUUCUGAGAAGAAACUGGAAUCAAUACAAAAUUCAAUUUGGAAACAGUUUUUCCCACUCAGAUGCUCUUCGUAGUGCAUCUUAUACAGUGUCAACAAUCAGUGAUAUGCAAGGAUAUAGUCAUGAUUGUCCUAGUGAACACUUAAAUGGAAAAAGCAUCCAAGAUAUUGAAAAUGUUGUUUUAAAGCCAGAAAAGUUAUAUGCUUGA